GGAAAAAAAAAAUUGAAACUCAACACCUUUUAUAUACGAAAAGAAAGAGAAGAAAAAUCUAUUUGGCGGUAACGUUUGGUGCGAAAUACCAAUAAAAUUUGCAAAAUCACUCCGUUUUAUAUAACCCACACGCAUCUAACCAAGAGCGUGUCAUACACCUCCAUAAGUCAACUUGAAUAAAAGCCACCUACUGUACGUGAUAUCCACGUUCUCUAAACGCGCGUGGAUAUAAAGUGAUUUAUCUCACUAAGAACCCUUCUCUUCUAUAUACCUCCGCCCCCAGUCUUCGUUGUUCUCGUUUUACACAACAGCAAAACUCCGAGAAAUUUCAGCAAAAAAAAAAAGAGGAGCAAAAUCAUUGAGAGAAAUGGAGUAAACGAAACCCUAAUCGAAACAGUGAGAAGGAAAAUCGAUGAUUUUCAAGUGUUUUUUGCGUUGGUUUUGUGGUUAUUGAUUAAUCAAUCGAAGGUUAGUUGUAUUAUUUUUGCUAAUUUAUGGUUUUUCAGAGGUUUAAUUGAAGAAAAAACGAGGAAAUCGGAUCGUCAUUGGUGUUUAUUGGAUGAUAAUUAGAUAGGGAUUUUGAUUUGAUUGCUGAAACGAGGAUAUAUUGUUAUAUAGGUGUAGGGACUGUUAAAUUAACGUAGAGAUAUAUAAGAGGAGGUUGGUGGUGGUUCUUGUCAUGCGAUUGUCGCGGAUAGCGUCGGUUGCCAGGAGAAGGACGGAUACGAAAUUGGUAUAUUCUAGGGCUAGGAAGAAACACAAAAGACUAGAUGAAGUUUGUGAAGAAACAUAUAAUCAGAACCAUAAUGGUGUUGAAAAAGUUGAAACGAGUGAGUGGAAUGGUGAGGAGAGUGACGUUGAGCUUCGGAGGAGCUCUAGGGUUAGAAAAGCUCCUGUUGUGCUUGAUGCAUCGCCUCCUCCUCCGAGGAAGCGACAGAAGAUUGAUAGGAGGAGUGAGGUGAGCAGUUGUAGCAGGGUGGAGAAAGGAGAUGUGGUGAAGCUGGAGUCGCCUUGUUCGACUUCCAAGGAUUUGGAAGAAGGCACUAGUGCUUGGGGAUUGAGAUUGAGAGCUAGGAGUAAGAGAAGGACUAACAGAGUAAGGAAUAGUGUGAAUUUGUCUCCGGUGGGUAAAAGGAAGCUUUUUCAGGAUGUUGACGGGCUGAAGGAAGAAACAGAGUUAGAGGUUGGAGAGGUGGAUAAAGAAGAAGAUAGUGAAUGUGAAAAAUCAACUAUAGUUAAGUCGAAGAGACCUGGAAGAAUAAAAGCUUCAAAUGUAAUGGUUACCGAGCAGCAAGAAACUGAUGCAGGUGGUGGUGUGGAAGCUGGUAAAAUGAUAAACCAGGAGGAGCUGCUACAAGUGAGGGAUGGAACAGAUGACGGCAUUUCAAUGACUGGAUUUAAGGAGGGAGUUGAGGAUGGCAAUGCGGCAUUUCCGUUAGUUAACAAAGACAAGGCUCGGUUAGAGACGUGUGUAGUGCCAGAAGAAUGCCACGCGACUAACCAGGUGAGUAUGCUGGAACAGGAUUUGCAAAGUAAAAAUGAAUUGAGUAUUGGGGUGAAUGACCAAAAGGAUGCUGUGGAAGUUGGUUUACUUGCUAAUGGUGAAAAAGAUGGAGGCACAGAGAAACAAGCUGAAGAUGGAGUUGACAGAGUUGAUUAUGCACAGGAAAAAGAUGAAGGUGUUUUUAGUGAUAAAGCUCUGGAAAUGGUGAAGCUGGUCAAGAAAGAAUGUGCUUCUGAUAACACUCUGAGAAAGUGGCGUAUAAGAGAGGGAAGACGUUGUGGUUUGUGUGGAGGAGGUACUGAUGGUAAACCUCCAAAAAAGCUAGUUUAUGGGGCUGCCAGUGAUGAUGAAGCACACAGUGGGUCCUCUGCUUCUGAUGAACCUAACUAUGACAUGUGGGAUGGAUUUGGUGAUGAACCUGGCUGGCUUGGGCGUCUCUUGGGGCCCAUAAAUGAUCGUUAUGGUAUAGCUGGGAUUUGGGUUCAUCAGCAAUGUGCUGUAUGGAGUCCAGAGGUUUAUUUUGCUGGCUUGGGAUGCUUGAAAAACGUUAGGGCAGCGCUCUGCAGGGGAAGGGUCUUAAAAUGCAGCCGUUGCGGAAGGCCUGGGGCAACAAUUGGUUGCCGUGUUGAUAGAUGUCCCAAAACUUAUCACCUGCCUUGUGCACGGGCCAAUGGCUGCAUUUUUGACCAUCGCAAAUUUCUCAUUGCCUGUACAGAUCACCGACAUCUCUUCCAACCAUAUGGAAGUAAUUAUUUGCAACGUAUAAAGAAAUUGAAAGCUAGAAAAAUGAAGUUUGAGCUGAGAAAGUUGUCAAAUGAUGCAUUGCGCAAGGAUGUUGAUGCAGAGGAAAAAUGGUUAGAGAACUGUGGAGAGGAUGAGGAGUUUUUGAAACGUGAAAGCAAGAGACUUCAUCGAGAUCUAUUGAGAAUUGCACCUGUUUAUAUUGGAGGCUCAAACUCUGAUGCUGGCAUACAAUUUCAGGGUUGGGACUCCGUUGCUGGGCUUCAAGAUGUCAUCCAAUGUAUGAAGGAGGUUGUCAUCUUACCACUUUUGUAUCCUGAGCUCUUUAGUUCUCUGGGGCUUACACCUCCUAGAGGAGUUCUUUUGCACGGAUAUCCUGGGACAGGUAAAACUUUGAUAGUACGGGCACUAAUUGGUUCAUGUGCACGUGGUGAUAAACGAAUAGCUUAUUUUGCCCGUAAAGGGGCAGAUUGUUUGGGAAAGUAUGUCGGGGACGCUGAGCGUCAGCUAAGACUUCUUUUUCAGGUAGCCGAGAAGUCUCAACCUUCUGUCAUUUUCUUCGAUGAAAUAGAUGGUUUGGCACCUUGCCGUGGUAGGCAGCAAGACCAGACACAUAGUUCAGUCGUGUCCACUUUGCUUGCUCUAAUGGAUGGUUUAAAAUCUAGAGGUUCAGUUGUUGUAAUAGGUGCCACAAAUCGUCCGGAUGCUGUUGAUCCCGCAUUAAGGCGUCCGGGUAGGUUUGAUCGUGAGAUUUAUUUUCCACUUCCAUCUGUUAAGGACAGAGAAUCUAUUCUCUCAUUGCAUACAAAGAAAUGGCCUAAGCCAGUGUCUGGACCAGUACUCAAGUGGAUAGCUAUAAAGACAGUGGGCUUUGCUGGUGCUGAUUUGCAGGCUCUGUGUACUCAGGCAGCCAUAAUUGCUUUAAAAAGGAGUUUUCCCUUGCAUAAGCGUCUCUCUGCAGUUGUGAAGGUGCCCAAUGCUGCAUGCCCCCCUCUUCCCAAUUUUAAGGUGGAGGAGAGGGAUUGGGUAGAGGCUCUUACGUGUGCACCACCUCCAUGUUCACGUAGAGAAGCUGGAAUGGCUGCAAACGAUGUGGUUUCAGCGCCUCUACACAUAUUUCUUGUUCCAUGUCUGCUGCAACCACUUAGUAGAUUGCUUGUAUCCCUUUAUCUGGACGAACGCCUCUGGUUGCCGCCCCUACUCUUCAAAGCUGCUGAAUUUGUAAAAGACGUUGUUCUUUCUGCAAUGAUUGAGAAGAAAUUACCAAGCAAUAAUUGGCAGUCCUAUGUUAAUAAUUUGCUUCAUGAACCAGAUGUUAUCAGUCAGAUUGAGAAUCACUUUAUACGUGCCAACAUUCUGGUUGGAGAUGCUAAUAUUGGUAGUUUUGAUGCUGUUGAUGAUGACAUUGUUCAUGGUCUCUCUAAUUCUCAACCAUCAAAAUUGCAGUGGGCAGGGGCUCGGCCUAAAUUGUUGAAGAAUAUCUUUCAUAUGCCCGGAAAGAAAUCGGGAUUUAGAAUACUAAUUUCUGGAAAUCCAAGAUCUGGCCAGAGGCAUCUUGCUUCCUCUCUUCUUCAUUGUUUUGUUGGUAAUGUUGACGUCCAGAAGGUGGAUUUGGCUACUAUUUCUCAAGAAGGACAUGGAGAUGUCAUUCAGGGGUUGACGCAGAUACUGAUGAGAUGUGCUAGUGUGGAGAAGUGCAUGAUAUUUAUGCCAAGAGUUGAUUUAUGGGCCAUGGAUACAUCUGAUCCAGUCUGUCAAGAGGAUGGUUGCUCUUUAGUAAACCCUGAAUCAUUAGGCAAGGAUGAGGAAAGGAGCUUUAACCAUAGUGGAGACCAGGCUGGAGAUGCUCUCAAAAGAGCCUCCUAUCUGUGGAGCUCCUUUGUUGAGCAAGUGGAAAGUAUAUGCAUGGCCACAUCUGUGAUGCUUCUGGCUACAUCUGAUGUACCAUUGGAAGCACUCCCUGUUAGAGUGAGGCAGUUCUUUAAAAGUCAGGCGUUGAACAGCAGUAUCCCAUUUCCCUUGGAGGAUUCAGUUUCUAGAUUUACUGAGCAGCUUGAUAGAAAUUUUGAUCAAGAAUGUCUGAUUGAUUCCUCUGCCGCAAAGUUGUCAAAAGAUUUAGCUCAACACUUCAUUCAGCUGAUUCAUCGUACAAACCAUGUCCACUUGCACACAUGCAAUGAUGAAGCUAGUGAUAAACCUGAGGGCGAUGUUGCCAUAGAAUGUCAGAGGUUAGAUCUUAGAUCAACUAUUGAGCAUGUGAAUAAACAAUGUCCACUUCCUACUUCUGCAAUAGUUAACAGUAGAAAUGUAAAAGGGAAAUCAAACUUGAUGUUAGCAAUUACCACAUUUGGCUAUCAAAUUCUGCGAUAUCCUCAUUUUGCUGAACUUUGCUGGUUUACUUCCAAGUUAAGAGAAGGUCCUUGUGCUGACAUAGAUGGACCUUGGAAGGGUUGGCCAUUCAAUUCUUGUGUUAUUCGUCCUAUUAACUCAACGGUAAAUGUUGCCCUUCCAUCCAACAAUAGUAAAGGCAAAGAGAAAUACUGUAUGGUGCGAGGCCUGAUAGCUAUUGGAUUGUUGGCAUACAGAGGCAAAUACUCAUCCGUCAGAGAAGUUUCUGCAGAGGUUCGAAAAGUUCUCGAGCUUCUGGUUCAGCAGAUCAAUGAUAAAAUUCGGAAUGGGAAGGAUAGGUAUCAAUUUGUUCGUCUUUUAUCCCAAGUUGCUUAUCUCGAUGACAUGGUUAAUAGCUGGGUUUAUUCGUUGCAGAGUUUAGGGGGAGACACUCAACUUUCAGAGGCAAACCCAAAGAUUGGUUGUGUGGGACUUCCAGAAAGUGCUAAUGUUCCUGAGAAUACACUUCUGAGGGAGGGAGGUUGCGAGUUAGAAGAAUCCCUUGACAAAGCGGAGACAUUGGAAACAUGUCAGCCAGAACUAACUGCUGAAAAUUGUAUGCGUGUUAAUCCAGAAGCAAAUGGUUUUUCUAAUUUUCCAGAUAUUGGAACUGAGGAACACGAGUCUCCUCACUUGGUGGCUGUAAACCAUUCUGCCCCUUCUAGGCAAGUGACCCGUUCUGUGCAUAGUGUUCUUAAUCAUAAUUCAUGCAUGCGGGAUGAUACUGACAAACAUUUAGAAAGUAUUGGAGAUUGUGUAUCUAAGCGGCAAUCUAAUGGGCGCAUGGAGUUAAAUAUUGAUGAUGUUCAAGAGGAUGGUAGUAGUUAUUCCAACGACAGGUGUGGCAUCGAGCAUUCUAAUUAUACUUUGAGUUCCAGCUCAAAUGGCAUAUUGUCCACUCUGAACAACCUUCAAAUUAGAGAUAGCAACAAAAAGUCUGUUGGCAGUAGCGUAGGUCUUGAAUGUUCAAAUAUAUCUUCAAAUGUUGCUACUGAUUCUAGCCUAGUAUGUUUAUAUCGGUGCUGUCCUCAGUGCCUGCUGAACCUUCAGCGCACCUUGAAAAAAAUGCUUUCCUACGAAUGGGAACUUAAAAAGGCCGAGUUUAUAGUAGAGGAUGCUUAUGACUUUCUGGCCUCAUUAGCUGCAAAUCUUCAUUCGGCUUUGAGGGUAUGGUUGCUGGCUGAUGAUUCAACUUCGUUUGAUGAGAAGCGAGUACGAGUACAAGAAAGGUACAGUGAAUCCUUUGAAUGCAAGGAAACUAACUUGUGUGAAUGUAGAAACUUAGAGAACAGGUUAAUCAAGCUGAUAGAGUGCAACUGCCAUUUGAAAAGCAGUGUCAAAACUGAGAAAUGCAAAUCUUCUCAGAACUUGCAUCAGGAGUUUAUAUUUAGAGAUGGUGUACUGACCAAUUUAGAAGAUAAGGAUGUUUCUACUCAUUGUAAAUUUGAGACUUUAUGCCUUUGUUCUCUUGUAGAGUGGAUAGUAAUGAGAAAAAACCCACUUUAUUGACUGGCAUAUGCCUGAAUUUUUUAAGGGACUGCGGAGAAAUAGUUGAACUACGAGAUGUAAAAAUCAAAAUUUUGGUUUUCUAUUU